AUGGAUCGGGAAGAAUAUCUGCGGAAGUGUUCCAAUAUGAAAUGCCAAAGAAUUCAGGUGGAUGAAUACACGCCUUCCCUUCAAGACGAUGAACUGGAAAUUGAGCAUUUGUUUGAAGAACCUAGAAGUGAUCAUGUUUCAUUGGAUGGCAGUUUAGCUUCUGAUACAGCUUUGAAUGACAAGAAUGAUUUGGAAAUGGAGGUCCUUGACGGAUUCCUGGACGAGGGAUUCCUGGAUGAUGUUGACAUCAAUGAUCUUGAAGGAACUGAUGGUUUCACCGAUGUAUGUGGAGGGUAUUUCUUAGAUUUUGAUUUUGCCAAAGUUGAGUUACUAGGCUCUGGUGCUUAUGAAGACUCACUUUUGGAAAACUCAAAUUUGGAAAGUCAAUCUCCAGGAUUAAGUGGAAGUAGCACUGUUAGUGGGAUAUCGGAAUCAGCAAAAGCGCCAAAUAGUACACAAUCUGAAUGCAAAAUUGAAUCUCUAGAUGAGACAGUCACCAAUGAUACACAUGGUGUCUUCAGAAACAAUCCAAGUCAACCAUCAAAUGUAGGUUGCAUGUACAACAUUUCACUUGAUAUACAGCAUCUGCAUGAGCUGAAUAAUGGUUAUCCUUUAGGUGGCAGUAUAUUGUCUUGUAAGACAGAAAAUGUUACUGUUGAAAAUUGCCAAUCUGCUCCACCUAGAGUGAAGAGAUUCCGAAAGCCUACUCGGAGGUAUAUUGAAGAAUCUUCAAAUUUGAGGUCAAAAGAAAAAGUACCUACUACAGGUGCAAAAUACAAACGGCGGAGUCUGUCAUCAUGUAAUGAACUUACAAAAGUUAAAGGAUUGAAGAAUAUUCUAAGCGAAAAGUCUAGUAAUAGUGAUAGUAAUAGUGAUGUAACGCCUACCGAGUUGCAACAAUGUAAGAAGCUGCCAAAGAAAGAGGAAAUUGAGUAUGACAAUGAACCUUUUUCCUCGGAGGAGUUUGAUGAUGAGUUUGAGGAAGAGUUUGAGGAUGAACGUUCGGCACCAAAAAGAAGUAGAUCAAAAGAUCGAAGAAAGCAUCAAAGGAUGUGGACAACUGCUGAAGUGACGAAGUUGGUUGAUGGCAUAUCUGAAUAUGGAGUUGGUCGAUGGACUGAUAUACAGAGGUUUUUGUUUUCGGCUUCAGGUUACCGAACUCCCACAGAUAUCAGGGAUAAGUGGCGUAACCUUCUUCGAGCCAGUUCUGCACAGAAAUUCAUCCAGAAAGAGGGUGAGGAAAAUGACAAGAUUACCCCGCGGUCCUUACCUGUCAGUGUGGCAAGCCGGGUGCUGGAAUUGGCUAAAAUUCACCCUUACCCAAAGCGACGAAACUCAAAGAGAUCGUCUGAUAGCCAAGUCGGAUCUUCUGUCACUGCCAGUCAAAGCAGUGGUUCUUCUAUUAGUCUUGGCAGAAGAAAUGUUCGUAGGAAGAAGUGUAGUACUUAG